AGUCAGUUCAAAACGACGCCUGACAACGCGCGCGUCUCUUUUAAGGCGUCCUAACUCGGCAGGAUACGAUAAUAUAUACCUGAAAUUCUCUAUUCAACUCAUUAUAAGUUAUUCGAACUUUUUAAGUAUAAUGUGACAUGAGUUGAGUCAUUUGAAUACAUUCGUGUUUAAAAUCUUAAAAAAAACAUUCAUGAACUUAAAAAUGUAGGUUAGGAUGUUGCAGCUAGCCACCCGGCAAAUUGAUCUUUGGCAUUGGCUUGUGUAAUCGAGUUCCAGCUGAAACAAUGGCAGCACAGGGAGGGGUAAAAUGGAUUCAGAGUAAAUUGAUGAGAUGGACAUGACAGAGUAAAGAAUCAUAUUAAUUUGCAAAAUCUGGCUUCCAUAUUGUCAAGGAGGAUUCACUCUGGUUCAAAAUCAUCUAUGACAGAUGAUCUUAUCACAGGAACUCCCAAUAGGAAACGGCGUACCUUCUCAGCCGCCAUGAUCCGGCUGUUGGGUACACGACUUUUCACUCGUCUUUUGUUAUUAGUGUGCUCUCUAAGCUUACUCAGUUUGCUGUUUCUAAGCCGAUGUGGAUUCCACGGACUUGAUGCGACUUCCAAUUCCGGGAACACCGCGAACUCUGCAAAUUCCGCAUUGGAUCCUCAGGAUCCUGCUGAAGUCCAACCCGAAAUUCAAGCCGCUUUUCUCGACGGUGCGACUAUAAUCGGUGGCGCUUCCCAAUACAUAAGCAGUAUUCAGUCUCAACAAGAUAAUAGCAACACUUUACAACAACUUUUACAGCAAAGAGAAGAAGAAACGAGACAAGAAAUUGAAAGACUUACGGCUGAAAUAAGGGCAUUGAAGCUGCAGCUUUUGCAAUACACUAACGGUGGUACUAAUAGUUUACAAGCACCUCGACACUCAAGCUCUUCCAUCAAUUUGAACUCUUCCACGAAUCCCACAAUCACAAAUGCAGAAUGUUCAAAUUAUAUCAGAAAACAAAUAAUGCAAGCAGAAAUAUUUCGCGGUACGCCACUGAACAACGAAUACGAACUCAUUCCUUACAAUCAUUUUACAUAUAGUAGAGUAUAUCCCAUAGAUUUAGGGCUAGGAAAAAGAGUUGUUGAGAAACCAAUUGGUUAUAAAAGGAAAGAUCUAUUGGAAGCUUUAAUGAAAGGAUUGGAAAUUUUAAAUAAAAAUGUGACUGAAAAAAUAGCUAGAUAUACUUUGGAUGACUUUUUGGAGGGUCUCUACAGGGUGGAACCGACUACAGGAACUCAAUAUGAAUUGUAUUUUAGGACUAAAAUAUCGGGUUUUACAAAAGUGAUAAUAAUGCGACCGUUCGCUCCUCUUCAAAUGAUUAAAACCGUAGGACUUCUUGGACCGAAAGAAAAAGAAUUGAUCCAUAUAAUUUUACCACUUUCCGGACGGACUGCAACAUUCCAAAGCUUCAUGGAUAAAUUUGUAAAGAUAGGUCUUAAGAACGAUAGAAAAGUGCAUUUAACGGUUAUAUAUUUUGGAGAAGAAGGUCUUUCAGAAGCAAGAUCUAUUAUGUCGAGAGUUUUAUUAACAAAAAACAGCGGUGGGAAUCCAAAUAAUCUUCGACUAUUAGCUCUAAACGAAACUUUUUCUAGGGGUAAAGGACUACGUGUAGGAGCAGAACGUACUUGGGAUUUAGAUAAGAACAAAGACUCAAACAAAGACGUUUUGCUGUUUAUGUGCGAUGUAGAUGUAGUGUUUAGUGCCAGAUUUCUGGAUAGGUGUAGAUGGAACACUGAACCUGGUAAAAAGGUUUAUUAUCCGGUUGUGUUUAGUUUAUAUAAUCCACAUGUAGUGUAUACAUUGCAAGGGAGGGAUGUUCCUCCUGAAAAUGAUCAACUAGUCAUUUCGAGAGAUACAGGGUUUUGGAGAGAUUUUGGAUAUGGGAUGACAUGUCAAUACAGAUCUGAUUUUCUUAAGGUUCGUGGUUUCGAUGAAGACAUCGUUGGAUGGGGUGGAGAAGAUGUUAUGUUGUAUAGGAAGUACGUGAGAAGUAAUAUGAAAGUUAUAAGAGCGACAGAUCCGGGAAUUUUCCACAUUUGGCAUCCAAAGGUUUGUUCGGGAACUCCAGGAGGUCAGAAGCUGUCAGCAGAUCAAUACAGAGCUUGUAUUAGAUCAAGAGCCCUAAACGAGGCUUCCCAUGCUCAACUGGGAUUCUUAGCAUUCAGAGAUGAUAUUGCUGCUAAUAGUAGUCCAUCAAAAUACAGCCCCCAUCAAAUAAAGAGUCUCAAAACUCCCUCAAAGAGGCUGAAAAUCCAAACAUAGAUUAAAAAGUAUGUUUGACUUGAAUUGUUUCGUUUUAGCUCGAUCACGUAGAACAUCUUAUGAUAUGAUGUUCCUUUAAGAAUGAAAUCAUCAUUUUAGAAUUCCUGACUCUAGUUUUCAAUGAGAUUCAUAGAUAGUGAAUAUUUUGAUAUGCCGCAUUUACUUCAUUGAUGGAGACAGAAGAUUUUUCACCAUUUAACACCUAGAAUAUAUAAACAAAAAUAUUAACUGAUCAUAAUUUUCUUAGACGUGGAGGACAUGUUUUAUAUGAAAUAGACAGUACUUUGGUGACUUAUUACAAACGUCCUAGUGUAACAAUGCAUGUAUGAUACUGGCUUUAUAACAAUACCAUCAAAUUAACUGAAUGGUAGUACAAAAAAUCCCAAUAACAGGCUAGUACGGUUGAUUGGAAUUAUAUGACCAUAGAUAUCUCAUCUUAACCAAAAACAUUAUUUUUUAUUAAAUGCUAGAUGCUUAUACAAUAGAUAUAUGUAUAAUUAAUUGGAAGUGGUAUAACAUGCGACCUAAAAAAUAUUAUAUUUCUUACGCUUCCAAGUGUAAUGCUUUGGAGUUCCGUGUUUUCUCACACUUCGAGAGAUUGUAGAAGAAAAUUUCGUCCUCUAAGUAGUUGGUUGCAUCUUCUACAAAUCCUACCAUUCUCGUGCAUCCAUUGAGGUGAGACUAUAACGACAAGACUCCUGUUUGUAGCCGUAAAUUGUACUAUUAGUCCAGGAAAUGAAGCUCAAAAACUCCGCAAUUUUUUCGUCCUUCAUCGAUUUGAACAAAAAUUUGGGAUUAGGCUCAUUCCACCUUCUAGUUCAUUUUCUAUAUUGUACCGUUAUAUGUUUUUUAAAAGUGAAAACUACCCCUAAUUGUAAAACAUGAAAUUUUAAACCUAAACAUGGAUAGGUUAAAUAAGGAUUGUUUUAUGCUAUAGAUACAAUUGCAUAAUAUUUCAACCCUUAAAAACUAUCCUUAAUAACAUAACAAUUUUUAUUAUAGGAUUCAAUUGAUCUAAAUAGAAAAAAUUUAUUAACACAUACAUUUACAUCCAUAGUCACGCAUCACAUACAAUGAAAUUUAUAAAUCUUGCUCAUUAAUUUUAUCUUCAUCGAUGUCGUCUUCGUCCUCUUCAAUUACUGGUAGACUAUUAUUGCAGUCUUCGCCGAAAAAAAGGGCGUUUACCGAUUCUAGUAGAAAAAAUGGAACGUGUAACGUAUUUUAGCUGAAUAUAUUAUGUUAUGUAGAUUAUUACGCUCCAAAGCGGGCUAUUCGAGUUUUUAAAAAAAAAAAAGUUUGGUAUUAUAAACAAAGCUCCUUCAUUUUUGGUGAUAGAAAGUUUUUUCAAACAUGAUUUUGUAGGGUUUCUUAAGAGCUUCAAGAUUAUGUGAAUGAAAUUCUUUAAUAUUCCUCAAUUUUUUGAUUGAGUUGAGUUUAAAGAGCUCGGAUAGAGUGGUGCUCGUUCGUAAAUAGAGGUUUUUAACGGCUAUAUUUCGCCAAAUAUUCACUGUGUACUAAAUCUACAAACAGGAAAAUAUUAGCAAUUAAAAAAAAUACGCAUUUCAAAUUAGUCAAACUUCUUGUGUGUAUUUAUAAUACAUAUAUAAAGAAAAUUACAGAUGGGUGAAGAUGUAUUUUUAUUGGAGGGGGUACUGAGAGGGUUAUUAUUACUGAUUUUUUCGUAGAACGUUUAGUUGGAACCGGCCUUAUUUUCGCACAAUUUUUAUGUAAGACCUUUGGUGUAAGGACUUUCUUGUAAGCUCGAAAUAAAUACUUUGAAAAAUAUUCUAUGAAUUUUUCGUAAAAAAUGCAAAGUUUUCUUGUUAUUUGGCGUCGAAUCUUUCAAAUGAUGCAUUUAAUGGAAAUAACUAACCAUAACUAACCAAUAACAUGCCGUAUCUCGGUUCGUGUUAGUCGUAGAAAGAAUAUAAAAAAGGAUUUUGUUUAUUUUUUCAAAAGCUGCAAUUUUGCUGCACAGUUUUUUUGAUGAAAAGCAAUCCACAAAAAAACUUCAAAAAUGUCGAUUUUUUCGUUAAAAAACUGUUACUCUCAACCGCAAAUAACUCGAAAAAUAUUAUUUUCAAGAAGAAAAAGUAAAGAACAUUUUUUCUCGGAAUAAUUUUUCCAUCGAUUUCUGUAUGUAAGUAAGGGAAAAAUUUACUCCUCCGAGAAGGGAUGGCAACAACCGCCAAGAUUUUAAUGUAUGGAGGCAUGAUAUAGAAAAUGAUCCUUGGGCUAUUCCCUACCUUCAAGUAAAUCCAGGCAGGAUGAAGAAAUUGCGAAUCAAAAUGCUUCAUUUCCUGGACUAAAUGGAUACACAAUUUGGUAAUGGAUAUUCAUAGUAUUGUUGAGUCUAAUGUACUAAAAUAGAUCACAAGUGCAAAUUCUCAUUUACGAGUAAAUGCGAUUAUCAAAAUUUAUUUUUUGAAAACAAUUUAACAUAAUCAUAAUAAUAUAACGGUUCUUUGAAAUAACUCUUUUUAAAUAAGAGUUACAUAAAACAAAACAUUGGUUAUGGCAAAUUUAAUGAAUAUUUCUAAUUCAAUAUCGAUUUUCUAGCUAGAAAUAAAAAAGCCAAAAUACUUUUCAAGUCAUAAGAUUGAGUUCUACGAGAUCUGGUUUACUUUUUUCAUAUUAAUAGUCCUAUUGCGAUGUAUGGAAAGGUGCUUACCUAAUAGUGUUAGAAACGUAUAGAGCAUUUCAAACGAAAUAUUUAUAUUUUUCGAAGUAUAUUAUAAAACAUUUAAUGAGUGGCAGAUAUGAGAAAGCAAGUCUUCAACUAAGAGCAUUUUCUUCCGAAGCAAUUAUCAUUUCUUCCAAAAACUUCCAAACUAGAUUGUACUCGUAAUAAUGUGAUUGAAAAAUAUGAAUAUUUCUUUAGAGAAAAUUCAUUACCAUUACCAUAUCAAUUAAUAUUUUGUUAUAAUUCGGCUCUAACCAUACAACAUCAAUUUAACACUUUCUUUAAAUAGGCACUAAUAACCAUGAUACGGGUCUUAGAUAUUGUAUCCAAGCCAAGCUUAUUCGCCCAUGAAAAAUAGUCAAGACUCUUCCCCAGAUAUUCGCCCACAGUUAAAACAUAUAUAACUGUUACGCAGAUGAGGUGAACAAAUAAUAUUAAUAUUAUAAGAGACACCUUCGAAAUAAUUGAAUUUACCAAUAAAAUAAAACCAUUCACUAUAACACAAUUCUUCAAGUAAACAAAAAUUGCUGUUUAUGAAAAAAAAGUUCCAGCACUAAUUUAUUUAUUGAAAAAAGUGAUAAAAUUUGAGUAUUCAAGAGAAGACAACGAAUACAGAGCAGUCAAAAAUUAUAAACUACCCAAACAUACAAGGUGUUUCGGGACUUGAUACAAAACAUACAAGUAAAUGACGUGGAAAGAAUGCUGCGACAUAGAAAGAAUUUUCUCAUACACCCCUACAUUAUACAGGCCUUUAGAUAGUAGUAUCACACCAUUAUUUUCACGUCAUCUACUCACCUCCGAUUUUUUUGCAUCGUUCCGGGACACCCUGCAUAAUGGAUAAAAACCCCACCCAUUUUCUGUAAUGUUAUACAACUGGAUGUGAACCACGUUAAAUCCGAACACUUCCAAUAUAAACACUGAUGAAAUAAUGAAGCGAUUUAUUAUAAUAUUAUGAUACAUUCAGAAACUUAUAUUCACGCAAAGAUUUAGACCUGGCUUAGAGUCCUGGAACAUCAGUAUAUGAAAGAGAUGAGAAAGGAAAGGAAAACCAGUAUGGUUGAAGCCUUCAACUGUAAUUUAAGUUGUAGACUUGUUGAUGUAGUGGUGUAGGUAUUGGUGGCUAAGUUUAUCUUCAACCGUCCUCCAACCCUGCAAGUGCAAAGCUGCCGAAACAAAUUGAGACAAGACACGGUAUUAUUGCUGGGAACUACAAAAAAGGAUAAAAAAACGUAUGCUUCAGCAUAAUAGGUUAAAACUAAUUAUAUUUUUCCAAUAUAAUCGGAUAUAAAUAUGUUUCAUUCUAUUCGUUCGGUUGCCGAAAUAAUAGGAAGAAACGAAUUUACACGGAAAUUAAUUUAUUUAAUUUGCUUCAAAUAAUUUUUUGACGAAAAUUAUAUUUAAAGAUUGUGGGAAAGCAAUUUAGUGGGCACUACAUAUAAAAAUCGAAGGUAAAGUGAUAUUAGAAAAUUUACCAUCGAAAAUAAAAAAUAGAUUCAUCCCAAGUUUAUUAGUAUGCGUUGUAGUAAAAGAAGAAGUUUUGAUAUCGAGAGUGAGCUUUUAUUUUUUAUUGAACUUUUCGGCUAGAAGCGGGAGAUCGACAACAAAUUAAUUUCCUUAAGAACUUGGAGUGGCUAUAACACCGAAGCGACUAAUGCUCCACAAUAAUUAAUUAACGAAAUGGGAGAAACAUAUGCCGAAAAACACAACAGGCCGAUCUGCAGCGGCGUUUUAAAAAAUAUUUCAGUCAGAAAUGUUACAUGUUAAUAUCCAGAAAAUUACAGAAGAGUUCAUAAAAGAAAGGAGAAUCACUGAAUUUUUGGUUUUUUUCCGAUUUCAUAUAACCUGAGAAUAUUAAUAUUUGCCUGAUUUUCCCUUAAUCACUUGUUAACUUCACAUAUUCAUAUUUGGACUUAUUUAUUUUCAAAGAUAUAACGUUAGAAUAGUUUAUUAAUGUUUUUUUUAUUAUCAUAUUUUUCUGUUUAAUAUGUUCUAUUUAUUGUCCUGUUUUAUUUCGUGAAAAAAUUUGAAAUAUAAAAUUUAAAAACACACAGUAGUGUACUCUGGUGGAUAAUUAUACGUCUCACAUUCAGUAGAACUACCCAGGUAAGAACGAAAUAGUAAUUUACAAUAAUUGCCAGAAAUCUUUAUACAACUAUAAGGUUUUUCGGAAGCUAUGAUCUGAGGACAGGUAGAACAUCAGUUGAUUGAGGAUCCUAACCUGGAACCAGUUAACGAAAGUCGCGUUCAAUUGUUGGAAAUUUUAAAUUUAAAACAUGUGUCUAAACGUCAGAAUUUUAUUACUGUUUCAUGCAUUAUAUUCAUUUAUUUGCAAAAUAUAUUAUAAAUUAUCAAAGCUUUCCCAGCUCACAAGGAAUUUGCACUAAAAUUUAGUACUAAUAAGCUAUUUUUAAGCUGAAAUACUGAAAGUAUAAUAACCGUAAAUCUUUACCAGGGUAGAAAAGAUCAUAUCAUAUGACUAUCACUCGAUUAAUUCCGGGUUAGUUUCCGAAAACCUAGAUCAUGAUCGAGUUAACCCGAUCAAAGUUUCCGAAAAGUUCUAUUGCCUUUCCACGUGGUUAACCGGGCAGCCAAAGCAUAAAACACAGUGGUUGUGGCCACCAGAUUUGAUUAGUAUAUGUCUGGCUACAUUGCAUGUUGUUUGAUAAAAAAAAUUAAAAAUAUAUUAAUCGAAUUUUUUUAACUAUUACACCCUUGUGUGAAGUGUUCUAUAUUAUUUGAAACACUAUGUACCCAGUAGUUACUAAAUUACUGAACUAUUUGUGAUUUUUACCUAGCCGAAAUUCCAAGAACGUGAUUUUAAUUGUUAUGUUUUGUUAUUUAUAUCGACAGUUUAAUUAUUUAUUGUUGAAUUAUUAUGAAAAGAUAUUGCCCGUAAAAAAUAUUCACAUACUUUUUCCCAUUACCCGGCUAUCUACAAUAGAAUAAUGAGUAAUCUGUUUCUCAAGUAGCGAAUAUGAGAUUUAAAUAAAAAAUAAUAGAUAAUAUUACGAAUGCAGUAUCUUUCCUAUGAUAAAAAUGUUGGAUAGAACGACAUCGAAUCUCGAUUUGAAUAAGAAAAAACCAUUUUUAGUGAAAAUAUUUUAGUCAAAUGCUUAUAUUUAUACUCAACUUCUAGAAGAUAAUUUACAAAGCUCGAUCAAUAAGAAUAUAUCAAUUAAUUUUACAAGAAGAAAAAAAUAUUUUGUUAUCCUUUUUCAUAUGAAUUAUAACAAUUUUUCUUGAAAAAUACUUAAAAAAUAUUAAUAUGUUUAGCGACCCCAUACUUUAUUACAUUCUUGUAUAUGAUUGGGCAUCGUCGAAAGUAGGUAGUCGAUAUACUCGUGUCAUUUUGACAGCCUAUGGAUGGUGGUACAAAUCAGUCAGGCUUCUGUGCAUCAUAUUUUACACAUUUUCUAUAUUAUUUAAAUGUCUUGAGAAAAUUCUUUAGCAAUAUGUGGACUUGAGUUAGGUUAGGUUAGGUUCAUCAAGCCAUGUGAGGUUAAGCCGCUUAAGAUUUUCCAGAUCUUUUUUGCGGAGUGGAUGAAUUCUCACUUCUUUUAACCACUUUGAUCUGGACCUUCCCUGCGAUUUUGCGUGAUCUCCGCAGAUGUCUUAGCUAUCUCAUUCUUCCUGUUUUUACUCAUUCAACUUUAUCUCCUUCUCUCAUAAGUCUCAUGAUGUCUCUAUUCAUUUUUUAAUUUUUGCUAUUUUAUCAUGUAAGUACUACACGAUACCUUCAACGUUUACGCCAAAAUUAGUGUUCCAAUUUACAGCUGAACAUUGGAAAGAAGGAUGGAUUCAGUGCUGCAACUACAUGAUGCACUCAACGUUUGCGCUAACAUUCACCUUCCAAUGUUGGCUGAACAUCAAACGCAGGCUGGAACAUUACCUAAAUUUACCUAAAGAAAAGAAAACAUGGCAAAAAAGUGAUGGCAACAGAUCUAUUUUUUUUAAUUAACAGGAGGAUACCGUAUUUCAUACAAAAUACGUAUCAUUCACACUCAAGAUGACAAGAAGUGUGUGUAGUUGUACUGUUGUUUCCAACUUUGUUCCAAUGUUGGGUACUCCAUUGACGCGGCGACUUUCCAAGGCCAAUGUUCCAAUACCAACGCUGGAAGAAAAACAUUCGUCGAAUGACCUGCUAGCUAUGACCACAAAAUGCUUCCAAUCAUACUAGCGUCUAAAGCUGCAUGCAUUGGACGUAUCGUGUGGUAUUGUUUCUUCACCGCACAUUAGAUCUUACGGCGAUUUCUCAGUUUCUAGUUUCUUGACGCUUGGUGAUAUGCUUUAGUUUGUGUUUUUCAUGUUCAUCCACCUUCUUUUGCAUACACAAAAAUCAUCCUCAUUGUGAACGUCUUCAAUCUAGAUAUUUUAUUACAUCACAAAACUAGAAGGAUUUCCAAUCAGUAAUAAUAUCUGUAUUAUCUGUUUUCGUAAAGAGUUCUCUUCAAAAAAAAUUUAAAAAACAUGAUUUCUGUAGAAAUGGUUGGUAUCUUGCCAUAUAGAAACGGAAAUAAAUAAUAAUAUAAUAAAAAUUGAGAUUUAUAUUGUUCUUUCUGAGUAUAACACAUCUAAUGUGAAUAAGUAUCCUCUAAAAUAUACUCUUGGUAUUUUCUAAGUAAUUUUGAACGCUCAAAAUUGUUCGCAGAUUCAUAAUGAAACAGUAUAUUUCUGUUAAUUUACUCAAUGAUCGAGCUCUGGAAAAUGAAUAUAUUUAUUGCCAUUAUUUUAUAGCGAAAAAUAUCUUUUCGUGUUUGAAUCCAAAUGCAAUGACAAUGUGUUUCAUAAGUAAGUUUAGUUUGAGAGAAUGAUGAAAUAUUUUUGUAUGUUUUCUCUCUCCUAAAUAAAGAUGGCCACGAUGGAAAUACCAACACUAAUAAGAACGAAAUGCGUUAUUUUUCUACCGAAUCAAUGACGCCUUUUAGAUUACAUAAAUAUUAGAAAAAUUUUCAGUUUAUAUUCUCUGAAUCCAAUAUACCUAAGAUAAUUUCCAUUUACAUAUCUCCAAAUAAGACAUUUGGAUGGUAGUAGCAAUUUUUUGGCAUAUUUAUGCGUACAAUUUAUACUCAAAAAAUACGGUGAGUUUUUUGUUGCAAAUGAAGUGGGUAACAUAGCCAGCAAACAGAUCAUCCCAGCAUUUAAUUCAUAAAUGGAAGCAUUAUUUGAAGGCUUAUAUCGGAAUAUCUUUUGUCUACUUGAGCCCCCCCCCCAUAUCAUGAAUGGUAUCACAUUCUUUCUCUUUUAGCACAUAUGAAUGUUUUAGGAGAGAGCCAGAAGUCACGUAGUAGUAAUUCGAGUGUGUAAAGUGGGUAUAGACGCAAAGGAAGUCUUAUUGCAAUGAAGGAGAAACCGGUUGUUUAAUUUUUCAGAUCUAUUCCUCUUCACAUCGUUACAUAAACAUUCCAGUGACCAAACAAACAAUUUUGUCCACUUUUUGAACUUUAUCUUCAAGCCAAAGGACGUAAUAGCCUUCAAGGACUGACUUCUAAUUUUAAAUCACAUAUUCUCCUUGUAAUCCUUGUAAAAAGGUUUCAAUAGAUGAGCUCUAGCAUUUCGUGAGCUACUUUGGUACUUCACUUCAACUACAAACAGAAUUUGAUACGUUGUUCAAGAUCAUUGGAGGUAAACACAAGCUAAGUAAAACGGCUAUAGCAGCCGAAUCAACUGGUUUCUUCUCGAGCACUAAAUGAUAAAUGUCACUGGAAAUCAUCUCAUAUUCAUCUCAACUUAUACAACGAGCUCAUUAUUUAAAUACUUACAACUGUAAUUUACAAUUUUUUUCCAGAUAUUUAUUCAGCAUAACGUGAACGUUAGUAUAAAACACAGGUAUAUUUUUUGAAUUCAAAGGGUUUGUUUGCUGAAUCAUAAUUUGCAAAAUUCACUCAACAAAUUUUAGUUUGAAGCAAACAAACAUUUGAAGAUAUUUUUCGCUAAUUAACGAAUGUAUAAAAUUGUUGAAUAAAUAUGUAGAUUGUGUGAGAGAUUAUUAUAUCACUACAUAAUCACAAUGAAACUAGAUAAAAUGUAAGAUGAUUUUGUAAAAUAAAUUGUAUAAA